AUAAAAACAAAUAAAAUUUACCAUGGCUGACAGAAAAGAAGAAAUUCAUGGUUCGAACAGGAAGGUUCAGUUUGAUAAGGAAGCAAAGGUUGAAGAUGGAGGUAGCCCGCUGAGGAAUUUUGGAAGAGCAAGAUAUUCACGUCCUCAUGACCUGGGAUAUUAUCAUAAACCAGGUUAUAGAAGUCAUAUGCAUGAAAUUCAUAGAGAUGAAGGGAGAUAUUAUGAUCUUUCUCCUCAUUCAAGGUAUGAUUACCUUCUAGAUGCACCCACAGCUGCUGGAACUGAUCACUCUGGCUUAACUCAUGGCUCAUGAUAUGCUCAAUACAGAGGAACAGCAAGAAAUUUAGGUUAUGUCCAUCAUGCUGGAACACAUAUUUAUGAGUCUCCUACGAGGGUCAAUAGAAGCUACUCUGGAAAUAUUCAUUCCUGAAAUAAAUCUCCUAUAAGAGAUAUGCUCCAUCAUAGAUCUGUAGUUGAUCCCCCUCAUACAAGAGUGGUAGAAAACUUACAUCAUAGGCCUGCAAUGGUUGAAGAAGUUCACUAUAGUGGUUCUCCUAUAAGACAUGGUCUGCCAGGCAAGGUUGAAGAGGUUCAUUACAGAGGCUCUCCAGUCAGACAUGAUUUUCCAGACCAUGUAGAAGUCUCUGUGGGGAAAUACUCUCCUUGCCAUCGCUCAACCAGAUAUUUCCCUGCUGGUGGUUCCCCUCUCACCGCUGGAUCGAUUCAUAGAGAACUGGGCGAAGCAGAGAGGAGAGCAGCUGACUCUGAAGCCAGAAGAAGAGAAGAAUCACAGAGAAGAAUCUGGGCUGAAGAAGACGCUUGCAGGGAAAUCAGAAAACGUCUCGAUGCCGAAGACAGACUUGCCUGGGAAGCCAGCCAAAGAGCAAGAAAGGAACACGAAGAUAUCGCCAGAGAAGAAUUUAAUAGAAGAGAAAUGGAAAGAAAAGAUAGAGACAGAAUGCUCAGAGAAAGAGACCUUGAAGCUCUAAGAAGAAAAGACCAGAUUGAGAGAGAAAUGAUGGAUAGGGACUUGGAGGAGAGAAAGAGAAUGACAGAUGAGCUUUUAAGACAAAGGGUUAAAGGAGAUAUUGAGAAUGCUAAGAGAUUUGACCAGAUGAUGCCUAAAUCUUAUGAUGAACCCAAGCGUGAUAUCGUUUCGGCAAUCCCAGAUAAAAAGAACAAGAAUAAAAAGAAGAAGCCAAAGAAAAAGAAGAAGCUAGUUAAGAGAAAGCCAAAUCAUGAUAAAGAUGCUUGCAAUGAUAAUGGAGUUCACAGAGUUGAGGGUUCAAUCCCUGUUGAUCCAAAAUAUGAUCAAAUAGCGACCUCAAUGUUCAAGAAACAAAAGUAUAGUUCACCUAAGGUACAAAAGGCGAGAGUUCAUUCCGCUAAUCCGAAAAGAGCUUAUCCUUUAAAUAAUGUCACUGAAGAAGAAUACUUAAAGGUUCUUUAUCCUGACAUUGACUUCACAUCUGCUGAUGUUCAUUGCUUAAGAGAACACAAGAAGGAAUGGUUUAAUGAUUUUAUGAAAAGGGUAUUCGAAAAGAGUAUAGUUAUUAAAAGACCCAAACAUGACUAUGGUAGAACUAAAUUUAUACCAUAUUUAAAAUCUGAAUCAAAUUUUCUCAAUAAUCAAGUAAAAUACGACCUCUUCAUGCAGAGAUGUAUGAAAACCUCACCAUACAACGAUAAUGGUGGAGAGAACUACUCUAUGUUAAAGAAGAUGGUGAGACAUAGGUCAAACAGUCCAAAGAAGAACUACCAGAGAAACACAAUCGCAUCUUUGGCAAAGGCUUUAUAAAAU